AACAACAAGUUGUAGCGAAGUAAAUAUUUUGAAAAUAUAAAGAGAAAUAUUGGCAAAAACAUGGAUAAAGUACCACCAAAAACUAAAAAAUUUAAAGGCGCGUCCAAGGAAGAUCUAGAAAAAAUAGACAAAAACGAACUCAUUGAAAGAAUAAUACAGUUAGAAGCUCACAAUCUACAAUUGAAAAAUAUUAUUAGUAAAAACCUGUCAGGGGAGCAUGAAGAUGCUAAAAAUGAUAAAAAUAAUAAACGUUCAUUUGAUUUCUCAAAAUGUCAUUACCGCAAAGUACUCAUUCGCAUACUCUACUUCGGCUGGGACUACCAAGGACUUGCGGUACAAGAAGAUAGCAAUCAGACGAUUGAACACCAUCUCUUCCACGCACUGACCAAAUCCUGCCUGAUACAGAGUCGGGAGAUGUCUCAGUACCACCGUUGUGGACGGACGGACAAAGGUGUUAGUGCUUUUGGUCAGGUUAUAUCAAUAACAUUACGAAGCAAAUUCUCACCAGAAGAACACAAGACGCAAACUUUGGAUUCCGAAAUGCAGUAUUGCAAGAUAUUAAACCGAUUAUUGCCAAAAGACAUCCGGGCUGUGGCGUGGAUGCCAAUACCUGAUGAUAGACCAGAGUUCAGUGCUCGAUUCGAUUGUGAGAAACGCCAUUACAAAUACUACUUUCCCCGUUCAAACCUCAACUUACAAUCUAUGCGACAAGCCGCCAACUACUUAGUCGGCUCCCACGACUUCCGCCAUCUUUGCAAGAUGGACGUCGGGAACGGCGUCACGGAGUUUAGGAGAAAUGUGCUCGGAGCGGAUAUUUUGGCUGUGGAGGAAGAAAAUGAUGACCCAACAACAAUGUACUGCCUGGUUAUACAGGGUAACGCAUUCCUCUGGCAUCAGAUCCGGUGUAUCAUGGCGGUUUUAUUACUGGUGGGACAGGGUCUGGAGUCACCGGAUAUCGUGAAGGAAUUACUGGACGUAGAUACCCAUCCUAGAAAACCACAAUACAGCAUGGCGUUGGACAUUCCCCUGAACCUGUUCCACUGUUCAUAUCCCCUGGAGUUGUCACAACCCUGGCAUUACGAUGUGGAUGAGUUGCGGAAUACAAUUUCUCAGUUACAAGCCGAGUGGACGGUGCAGAAUGUCAAAUCAACAAUGAUAAAGGACACACUCAAACAGUUGGAAUCGGCAUAUUGCAAAUGUGCAAGGGAGACGGGUAGCGUUGAGAGUGUGAUGGCAUAUGCAGAUUGUCUGACACAAGGCGUCAAGUCCAAGGUUUACACGCCUUUGUUGAAGCGGGAGACGUGUUCGAGUCUAGAAGAAAUGAUAGAGUUCUACAAAAAGAAAAGGAAACUUAAUUAAUUUUAAUUAAGAUUCCCUGAUCAUCAAAUCGUAGACGUUCUAGCAAAAGGUCUGGUCAAGAGUACUCGAAACCGACGAGCAGGAUCGUGGCAAGUGGAAGGAUCUGGUCUCUGCCCACCCCAUCGGGAAAGUGGCGU